GGUCCGCUGCUCCGCCGGAGCACUAAAACCCCGCCUGCGCAUGCGCCAUCGGCGAACGCUUACUCUCCACCACACCAAACCCUCGCCUCUAUAAAUAAGUCAAGAUCCCAGUCGACCCGAUCUCGACACCCCCAUCACUUCUCGAUCUCAAUCUCCCUCUCUCCCUCCCUCGCCUCCCCCUUUUCGAAAUUAGGGUUUAUUGAGGUUGCGGCUCUUGCGUUUAAUAGGUUCUUUUUCGGAACUCAAGCUGCAGAGAUCCAUGGAAGAACCUGCUCGUAACCCCACCGGCCAUCGGCGAGUUCCUCACCAGCUUCAUCAAUUCUUCGCGGUGGCUUUUGGUUCAAAUGCUACUGAAGUGUAGGGUUUUUUGACGGAUACAUCUUGGUACUUGCUUCUCAGACCGAACGCGCUUGUUUUCUUGUUCUACCGUAACCACAAGCUUUGCAGCGGCAGUGGAUGGACAGAGAGUAGUAUAGAUUGGCAAAGUCCCUAAUUUGGCGCCAAUAAUAUGAUCCGGUGAACAUGAGCGAUGGAGGUAGGGAGAGUGGAAGGAAUCAACGGACAACCUCGAAGAAGAGCCGGCUGUCGUCGCGAGGUGAUGAGUUCAGUCACGCCGUCGCCAAGAUCGCCGUCGGCCAGAUUUGCGAGUCGGUUGGGUUUCACGGUUCCAAUCGUACUGCAAUUAAUGCUAUGGCGGAUAUCAUGGUCCGAUACAUCUGUGAUCUAGGCAAAAGUGCUAAUUUUUAUGCUAAUUUAGCUGGAAGAACUAGUUGCAAUGUGUUUGACAUCAUCCAGGGGCUUGAGGAUUUGAGUUCGUCAAGGGGCUUUUCUGGGGCAUCUGAUGUUCACCAUUGUCUGGUGGGUUCAGGUGUUGUUCGAGAGAUCACCCAGUUUGUUACAACAGAGGAAGUCCCAUUUGCACAGCCCAUUUCCGGAUACCCUGUUUGUACAACACCUAAGGCGACACCUACCUUUGCUCAGGUUGGAGAGACAUCAAGCGGAAAGCACAUACCUGAUUGGGUUCCGAGUCUUCCUGAUCCUCGUGCCUAUGUCCGCAUGGAAGAGUGGAACAAAGGGGUAACUGACACUAAAAUGGACAAGGUCGAAGAGACAAGGCAGCGGACGAACGCCGAGAGUUCUUUGUUGAGCUUACAACAGCGACUUGCCUAUAAUAGUACAACUGGGUUUCAACCUACGAAUGAUGCCAGUUAUGGUAAAGAGAGGCAAAUGGUUGUUAGCAACCCAUUUCUGUCCCCCCCUUUGCCAUUUGGAGAGAAAGAAGUAUCUGUAAUUGCUAAUCCAUGGGAAAGAGAUGCUGAUGCUGGCAACCGGUUGUGUGUGCUUGAGACUUCUGUCCCUGCCACUGAGUCCGUAAAGGUUGGGCCUGUGGACUUGGAGACUAAUGAGAAAAAGGUUCUUCCUGGAAGGAGGCCUAUCGUCCAUUUCAAACUUAAAGUUGACAAGAAAUCUAUAGCAGCAUCAUUUUCUUCUGAUGCCUUGGAUGCUAAAAAUGAUUCUUGGCCUUUGAGGCAUGACGAGAAAGAUGACAAGAAAAGGAGAGCAGAGAUAAUUCUUAAAGAAGCUAUGGAGAAACCACAUGAUCUGGCUCAGCUGUAAAAUACAUUGUAGAGAGGAUUUCUGUGUCGAACUGUAACAGUAAUUAUUUGGCAUAUCAAAUUUGAUGGAACAUGCAACUUUUUCUUCCCAGUGGGUUGAGCAUGGUGAAAAAUCUUAGGUAUGUAACUUAUGUUGUCUAGAAGUCCUUUUUCCUUCACGCCUCUCUCUAAUUUUUUUCUAUAUUAAGAACAAAGGGCAAACCUUUUACCAGGGCUGGCAGUGAGACAAGUUGGCUUGUGUUUGGUCAAGAGCAACUUGAAUAUGGAUCAACUGCCCCCAAACCAUUGACCCAUUUAUAACUGAUUGAAAAAUGCUAAACCUUUAGGCUUCUUUCCUAUUUUUUAAUGAACAUUUAAUAGCCACACAAUGUGAAAUAAGAGUUUGAACUUAUCUAUGUUAAAUCUUAAAAUAAAAACAUAGGUUUUCUUUAUGUUUUAUCAAUUGAAAAACAAUGAGAAGUGUUUAUGUUUUGUUUGUUUUCAAUUUUCAGAAAAUUCAUUUGGUGGUCACCAUUCAGUAAGCGAUGUUUAAAUAUAAAAGUAAAAGAACCUAGGGGUAAGUACCAACCUAAAAAUGUUCAUUUUUUUGUCAUCAUUAUUAAAGAUAGUUAACAUUUGUUGAACACAUUGUAAAUACGGGCAAAAUUAUCACGACUUUUAUUAUUAGAUGAUAUGAAUUGCAUACAGAUAGGUAAGUCUUCGUACUAACACAAGAUUACUCUUUUGUGGACUAGGGACCAAAGUUUGAGUCAUAGAAAUUUCCUUGUCGUUUGUAACUAUAAGGUUAUGCAGAUUGACCCUCCUUAGAUUCCAUGUUAGUGGCCUCCUCAUACAUUGGUCACCCUUUAUAAACAUUAUAUCAACAUGGGAGACAUUCUUGAUAUCUCAAAUUCUUGGUAUGGAAAGACAAUUGUCCUUGUCCAAGAGGUUCGACGAACAACCGUUCAUUCCCUUGAAUGGGGAUGUCCAAACAAUAGUGCAACUGAUUUACUCCUUCCCAUAGGAAAAUUAGAUUGAAUUUCUUAAUUUUCCAUGCACUCCAUGAAUUUCUUCCUUCAUAAAAAAAGGUUAGAUGGUCAGUCUGUAUUUUUUUCUUUCAAAGUUUCAUAAUUGAAAACUUUCAACUAAUUUCAGAAAACUUGCAAGCUAAAGCAAGUAUACCUAAUAUAUCCUUUUACAAGUAUUUAUAAGUUUCUAUUUUUGAUAGUGGAAGAACACAAAGAAUGUAACACCCCUGAUUAGUCCCACAUCGAAAGUGGGUAAAUCUUGUCUUUUCUUAUUGUUUUCCUCAUGUGAAACUAUACAAGCUUAUUCUGGACCUGGCUGGUGUUGGUGCCCCCAACCAAGACAUUCAAAGGAUUGUAUUUUUGUAAUGCCCUCUUAAAUAUUAUUGUAAAUUCUUGUGUUGUUACUAGUUCUGACAAAUAAUCUAUGUAAUCAAAUCAAAUAUUUGAGAUUGAGAUUUAAAUUUUGUUUUCCUUACUUGCCAUCAUAAUUUAGGAAAUCUUAAUCUACUUCCUUGUUUGUUGAUAUGAAUUAAGGAAGUAACUAUUAAGUAUUCCAAAUAUGAUGAUAUCAUAUUUGUUAGUAUAUUAAAUGGAAAUAAUUUAUAUUAAAUAAAUACGAAAAUUAAAAUUUAUUUCCCUUAAUAGAGGCUCACCUCCUCCUAUUUAAAGGAGAGGGAUUUCUCUCCUUCGUUCCUCACCUAGUCGAGCCUGGCAGCGGGAGGAACGAGGAGUUACACCAUGUUGACAAGAGAACGAGGAGUUAUACCCUAUUGACAAGAGGUAGGUUUCCCUACCUUUCUUAAAAGUUUUAGUUUUUAUUUUGAUUCUUUAAAUGUUGAAAAUUUUAUAAUUUGAAAAAUGUGUAUCAAUUCUUUAAAUGUCAAAUUUUUUUGUAUUAAAGUAAUCAGUUAAAGUUUUCAAAAUAUUCUUUGACCCAUGAUUAAGGUUUUUAUUGUAGAAUUAAAUAUGUUAAAAAAGUAUAUGUUUUAUAUGAUAUAUUUUCUGUAUUACAGUUUAUCUUUAAUCUUAUCUGGAUUAAAAUCUUGUUAGACUAGAAUAUGUUAUCUAAAAUCCCUUUUUGAUAUUCUUUGAUCUGAAAUUUAAAAUAUAUUAUUCUGAAUGAUAUAAAAUAUGACUAGAAUAUGUUGAAAUUUUAUGUGUUGAAAACAUGAUUUUUAUUUGAAUUUAGAAAGCUAUUUCCUUGUGUUAAAACUUAUCUCCUAGUCCCUCUUUUAAUGUCUUAUGAUUUCUAGUCAAAUUGAGAAUGUUAUUUCUUUGUAUUAAAACUUUUCUCCUCAUCUAUCUUUUAAUGCAUUAUUAUGUUUUCAUAUAUGUUGUUAAUGGGUAUAUGUUAUGACUAGUCCAUGGGCCAAGGCUGGGUCAGUUUUAUGUAAUGCAUGCUCAAUCAUGUAUAAUGCACAUGACCAAUAGAUGGACUGGCUCAAUCUAGCCCAAUAUUAUUGUUGAACUUGAGCCCAAAUAUUGAUUGAAUUAAACUAUACUUGAUUAGUCUAGAUCAAUUCAGGGUGAUUCCGAAUUGAUUGACUUAUUCAAGUUAGUUUAACCUAAAUUGAACUUAAUCUAGUCUAAAUUAUACUAGUCUAGGGUGGUUCCAGACCAGUUAAAUAAGGAUUAGAGAUCAGUUCAGUUAGGCUCUAGUAAAUCGAGUUCAAUUGAAUCGAUUAAACUAGAGUUCAAGUCAAUUGAGGGUUAAUUUAUAUUAUUUGAUAUUGAUGACUUUUGAAAGAGAUGUUUUAAAUAUGUUAUUUCAUCCCGAAAUGGAUAUGACCAGUGUGAGAUUAUAUUCCUGCCAAGAGCAGGUAGGGCGAUUCCCUUCGGGGAUUAGCGGGCCGUCAGACGUGGCGGCUGGAUGGUUCCUCCAUCCGCUGUUGGGAGGAACGUGUCCCCACUUUGGCGGGUGUGGGACACCACUCCAUCCGCUGUUGGGAGUGUGAUAUGAGUUUGCCUCCAUCCGCUGUUGGGAGAACACAAACUCAUCCCGUAGGAUAAAGCCUCUCCAUCCGCUGUUGGGGGAGUGCUCCUUCGGGUAUUUGAUAUACGCCAAUGGGAUGAUUGAUUGAAUUUUGAUCAUGUAUUCAUCUUGAUUUGACUUUUGGGGUUCCUACUCAGCGUUGCUGAAUUUUCUUUGUUUUUGAUUUUCAGAGCAGCCUCUCUCUACUACUAAAUCAGAUUCCAGUGGAGAGCGGACCUUCCUCUACCGCUAGGUAGAGCCACUUGGAUGACUCUUGAAGUUAACAUCACUAUGUUUACUUUCUAUUUGUAAUUUGAUGAAUAAAUGAAUUGUAAUAAAUGGUUAUAGAUGAUGAAUAAAGUGAUGUUUAUUUAUUUGGCCUGUGUGGAAAAAUAUAUGAAAAAAAAAAAAAUUCAGGAUGUGACAAUCUAUUUGUCGAUUUUCUAAAAUUUAUUGGUGCACUAGUUCAGACAUAGGCUUUUGCAUGGAUAAUCGAGUAUCAUAUUCUACAUCCCUUAAGUUUCUGGUGGUAAAAAUGAUUCUCAAAUUAUAUGUUUUUGUUAGUAAAAGUGAUUCUCAAAUUGCCAAGAAAUGUGUAUAUUUUAGUUUGAUAUGUAUCAUGGUCGUUAGAUCUCAAUGACGGUAAAAGAUCUAUGUAACCGAUUCUAAAUAAUUGGGGCUUAUGGUUUUGUUAUUGUUGUGCAUCACGUGUAUUAUGAUUCUUUAGCAUUCUUGACAUAUUUACAAUCAAGGCCAUUGGACUUGCGUAGUCAUGUAAGAAUGCUAUAUUAUGAUUCUUUAGCAUUCUUGACAUAUUUAGAAUCAAGGACAUCAGACUUACGUAGUCAUGCGAGGAUGUCAUAUUAGUGAAGAAUCCAUAUUUAUAGACAAUGUGUAUGAUCCUUAUUUCAUAUUGGAUUAGAUACUGUUAAAUCUGCCAAGCACUUGUAUCCUAUUAGGUCAGAUCUUUUACACAACUCUAAUUGAUCCAUGCUUGUUAGUUAGUGCUUUAGUUGUCAAAUGAAGUUAUCAUAUUCAAGUAGCCAUUCAAGGGAUUGCAGGUGUUACUUAUUUACGUGUUGUCUAUCCUAUCUUAUUAGGUUGAAAUCCAUCUAAUGCCAUGGAGUUUUUGCUGCAUGGCUGAUACAUAAUGAUAAAAGUAAAAAAAAUCUUUGACUUAUUUCAUAAUAGGAUAACUGGUUGGUCUACUAGAAUUUGGGCUAAGAUUCUUGGUAGAGUCAAUUAUGGAUUCAAAAAUCUGUUCAUUGAGUGGCCUUACCAUAUGAAUUUAGGAUUGAUGUGGGAAUAUUAGUGAACUGCAUGUAGCAGCUAUAUGUUCAUGACAUGUUGACUCUUUACACAUUAUGAAAGAUAGUUAUUGCAGACACAAAAGUCUUCAAGGCGGUUACAGGUAAAUUGCCAUGCAAGUAGUUACAACUAUUAGAUCACAUUCUUGUAGAUUACAAUUGAAUCAAGACUCAGCUAUUGGCUAACUGUCAGAUCUGAAGUAGCAUGCCCAAUUUGAGCAAAUGCCUGUUACAUGCCAUUAUAUGAAGAGACUUCCUCAGGAGUAAGUGAAAUCUUUCCAAUCCCUUCAACUCUUGUUUAUUGUUUUCAUUUAGGUUUCGAUAUGCUCAUUCUCUCACCUUGGAGCUCACUAGAGAUUCUAAUUUGAGUGUUAGAUGAGGGUCCCACUGGGCAGCCCUCAGUGCCUUCUCUUCUUGCAGGAUCCUUUUUGAACAUGAACUUGGAGCAACAGAAGGAUACGAGAUUACCUCAAGAAUAUUAGUAUUGGUUUGAUUCACCUUGCCAGUACACUUGGAUAUUAUUUACCUCAGCAAGGUUACCUAGAUGAAUUGACAAGGUCAUUUUUGACCUCCAUGUGCACCUCAGAACAUCCAUUGACAAGGUCCACCAAUCACGGCUAUGGUGUGCUUUCAAUAUGAUGACUGAAGUUAACUAGUCAAUUUUUAUGUCCUCGAGCUGGGGAUGGAUGGAAUUUAUGCUUGAGUACCAUCACAACUGAUUAUUAUCUGUAGCUAUCUGAAUUGAGAACAUUUGUAUUAUAUUUAAUAAGACAAUACAUGGUCUGUUGCAGCUUGAUUGUCUGACGGUUUCUAAAAAUUCUUUGCAAAAGCAAAGAACCUCAUGGUGGUAAUAUUUCGAUAUUGCAAUUUCGCAAGCUAACAUCAGUAUCUUUGAGUGUUUUCCUAUGGCUUGAUGAUUUUCUUAAAAUUCGCAUUGACACAGGGGCAAGGAUCUCCUGGUGCUAUAUAUAAUGGCAGAUAAUUGAUUCUUUGAAAGCUGUUUCUGAUACUCCGAAAUUGUUAUUUCUAGUGUGUAUUUCAGCAGCAUUACUGUUGUGAUCCAUGCAUUGCAGUACAGAAUGUUGAUCUAAUUACAUUAUUUUCAUGAGUUUUUAUGCAUGUGCCCAGAAUUACUCAUCAAAGUGGGUAUUGCAAUCUGCCGUCAUGAGAACAGCUCUGCUUUUCUGGGAUGUUCAGGAAGGCCAGUGCCUGAAAGGUGCUUUCGUGUUUCCUUGGCAUCGAUUGGCGCUGCCGAUUGGUCGUGUUCAUGCUCUUUGGUUGAUUACUCAAGCCAUCAAUGUGUUCAUAAUCAUUCCGUCAGAGGCUGCUGACACCCAUCAUGCUAGGGCUUGGAACGUACCCUAAACAGAGCAGAUUGUGGAAGGCUUAGAAGUGAAAGAUCUGGACAAGCUGAGAGCCUCUUUGAGACAUGCUUCCCUGUCAAGAUGUCGAUCAUGAACCACGCAUGCAGAGUUCGGUGAUCUGUUACUUUCACUCUUCUUCAAUAAAUAGAGUCGCAUGUUUCCAUAGCGUGCGUGAAGGCAAUGGGCGCUACUGAGAUGGUGAGAGUCCACUGCUUCUUGUGCGUGACCCUCCUCAUUCUACUCUCUUCUGCUGCUGCUGCUGCUGCAGGUACUAUGGAUGUGGGUUAUGUCCAGCCAUCUAACACCACCAUGUUCGACGUCGUCGCUGGCGGCAUUGAGUGGUUGGAUCCAGAGAUGGCGACGAACCCGCACAUAGCCUACGAUGCCUUGAAGCGUGAACAUCCGGUGGCCAUGCCUGCCAAGGGGGCGCCUUACAGCCGGGGGUGUUCGGGUUCUACUUAUUGCAGGAAUCAAAAGCGACUCUUUAAAGUCUCUUCGUUUCCAUAGGAGUAUCAUGAUCGAUGUGUCGUCGCAGAACCUACUUUGCUUGUAUGACUUGAUGAUGGUAUCAUUUGGCUUGCUUAUCUUUUUCCUGUAUUUGUUGUUUCACUUCUCUGCGUGGAAAACAUAAAAAACUUAACUGUUCUUUUUCGA